UCAACGACUCCCAGUAGCAUUACAACUACGGGGAAACCAGAAGGAGAAUGCGAACUAGAUGAGAACCCCUUCGCCACCAGGUGUGAUGGGAGAAAGAGGGAGAUCUGUGCUGUGAAAUGUUCCCUUCUCACCUGCAUCUGCCCGCUUGGUUUCUCCAGGAUCACACCUGUUGACCCAUGUGAGGAGGUCUUGGCGCAUUCCGCGAAUUUUACUCUGACUGGGAAAUUCGACAGCGAGAAAUUUGACUCAAGAGAUCCGGAUUGUGCAGAACCACAUUCAGAUAUCAAGAAUAUGACAUUAUUUAUGAAGGCAGUAACACAGGAAGCAGUAAAAAUGAUAGAAGAGGAACCGAAGUUCGUGAACAUGGACAUUAGGGAAAUGAGAGUAGAGCACUCUCCAGGAAGAGCUUCAGGAGACAAAUUGAUAAUAAUCGGCAUCAUGCAAUUCCCGAGUGAUGGUUACAAUGAAAACGCAACAACGAAGUUGAAGAAUCUACUCCAAGAUUCGGGAGCCUUACAAGAUAUUUUUUCCAGCCUGAGUGAUUUAAUUCCAGACUCGCUCGACUCAGAUUCCCCGAUCGACUUUGAAAUGAACCUCGAGCCGGAAGAAUAUCUAUGCGAAAACAAUACGUGUCCUUCGUAUUCGUUGUGCAUCAAUGAAUCAAAGGGAAAGCCUCCUACGUGCAAAUGUCAGGAGGGACUAGAAGACCUCAACACUGACUUCCCUGGCCGAGCUUGUGCAACGCCAUGCACGGACGACUAUUGCUCGAAUCGAGGAAGUUGUGAACAUGACAUCUCCACCCUCUUGUCAAGAUGCAAGUAUGUCUCAUUCUGGUCACCUCUUAGUUCUGUUCAAUAU